AUUUAUUUAUCUUAUUUUAUUUUUUAUUUUUUUUAAAGUACCUUAUCUUCACCAUACCUGGUUGUCCAAAUUAGGCAUAACAAUGUGUUAAUUCCACGACUGUAUAUAUCGGUUGAUAUCAGUAUCGGUUGUUAUCGGUAUCGGUAAUUAAAGAGUUGGACAAUAUCGGAUAUCGGCAAAAAGCCAUUAUCGGACAUCCCUAUUUAAAAUCAUAUUCUGGCUAGGUUACUCACUGAAAGGUGGAUACACGUUGCUUGUUUUCACAUCAGAACAUUAUUUUUUUUAUUCCAGUCCCAGUGGCACUUUUCUCUUCAAACCCCAGCAGUCAACGUCAGCUUUACAGAUGCCUCAUCCACCCUGCAGGUAGCGUCCUCCGUGACACAUGGCGGUAUCAGAUUUCAGUAAAAGGAACUUGGUGCUGCUGACCAUCUCCACCGCUGUGCCGUUGAUGAAGAGUGGAGCGUGGCUGGACUGGUGCUUCCUGAAGUCAACGAUGAUCUCCUUGGUCUUGUCGACAUUCAGGACCAGGUUGUUGGUUUUGCACCAGUCAACCAGAUGUUUCACCUCUUCCCUGUGGUCCAUGUCGUUGUUGUCACGGAUGAGGCCCACUACUGUCGUGUCGUCCGCAUACUUCACAAUGUGGUUAGUAGUGGACCUGGCGCAGCAGUCAUGGGUCAUCAACGUGAACAGCAGCGGACUCAGGACGCAGCCCUGGGGGGAGCCGGUGCUCAGGGAGAUGUUGCCCACUCUCACAGACUGGGGUCUGUCUGUGAGGAAGUCAAGCAGCCAGUUGCAUAGGGAGGUACUGAAUCCAAGGGGGGCCAGUUUGCUCACCAAGUGCUGCGGGAUGAUGGUGUUGAAUGCUGAGCUGAAGUCCAGAAACAACAUCCGCACGUGUGUGUCCUUUCCUUCCAGAUGUUCUAAGGAGGGGGACUAUCCAAGACUGGCAGCAGUGCACUCAAACCACCACCAGUGUUUCCCCUGUUUCCCGUGAUCGAGCUGUGUGCCUCGACUUCUCUCUGGAUUCCGGACUGCCUCCCUCGAACCUCGACCCCUGCUUGGACACGGACCUCGUUGCUUCUCUCCAGCCACCGACCGCUUGCUUGCCC